CUGGUUGUAAACUGCUUGAGACUGCUGACAGCCAGGCAACUUCAAAAGCAGCCAGGAGCAACUUUCUUGCUAACUUUGGGAAGGAAUUCAAAAAUGCUGAAAGAUGCAGAUGAUUCUGUUAUGGAGCAGGAGGACUCUGCUUCCCGACAUGGAGAAAUGACGAGUUGGGAUAUCAAUGACAUCAAACUUCCUCAGCAUGUGAGCCAGACAGACUGGUUUCAAGAAUGGCCAGAUUCCUAUGUAAAACAUAUCUAUAGCUCAGAGGAUAAAAAUGCUCAGAGGCACCACAGCAGCUGGGCAAUGAGAAACACCAACAACCACAACUCUCGCAUCUUAAAAAAGUCCUGCCUUGGGGUGGUGGUUUGUGGUAACAACUGCUCUACCUUGGAUGGAAGGAAGAUCUACCUAAGACCAGCCAUAUGUGAUAAAGCCAGGCAAAAACAACAGCGGAAAUGCUGUCCAAACUGCAGUGGACCACUGCGGCUCCUUUCCUGCCGAGGCCAUGGUGGUUACCCAGUUACCAACUUCUGGAGGCAUGAGGGCCAAUUCAUAUUUUUCCAGUCCAAAGGAGCUCACGACCACCCACGUCCAGAAACAAAACUAGAAGCAGAAGCAAGAAGAUCAAUCCAAAAAGCAAAGACAGCUUUCUCUUCAUCUUCUCUAAGACUAAAAAGAGUCCAGGAGAUUGAGCAAACCAUCUUCAAGCUUGAUGAGAAGCUGAACUGCAAUUUUAGGACGAGAUGAUCAGGAAUGCUGCUGUGCUGAAGCUCGGUGAUCACCAGUUGAUAACAGUGCACCUCAUUGUUAUUUUUUAAAAUUCCUGUGGACAUUAGUAGUGACAUGCUGACAAUACACUAUAUGAUUAUGGUUUCAUAAAAGACUCUGAGUCCUUAAAGAAGAAAGAAGAAAAACUUGAUUCACUGUGUUGCACACACCCAGACAAAUAUUCAUCUUAUCUUAUUAGACUACUUUUUGUGGUAGUUUUUCAGGUUCUACAGACUUUGGUGGGCUUUUAUGUGAAAUGUUUAAAAAGGCACACUUUUUAAAGAGGGAGUAGGUUUCAAACAAAAUUGCUGGCAACUGUGUUAGCCCCCCACGUUAGCCCCCCACUAUUAUCACUGGGAAAUGUGGCUGACUUUAAUAUCUCUAAGUUUAUUUGUCUCAGACUUUACUUGCCAGAUCACCAUCUGUCCAGAUACUGUCCAUUACUAAUAUGUGUACUCAAGGCAAGUGUAAGGGUACUCAGUAUUUUCUCUCUCAAUAUUUUUAUGAUUAAAUUUACAGGGAGAACAGAUCUAACCCACUAUAUUAAUGUUUGUCAUUUAAGACAGAUGCCAAAUUGUCCAAAAGAAAUUGAAGACCUUUGCAUUGAUUCAAAGUAAGGAAGUUGUGAUAAGUACUCUGAACCUCAAAGGUCUUCUUGAAGUUUGUAUAAUAGGAGCAACAUUUUCCUUGGAAAUCCUCUCCACUCCCCCAAAAAAAUCAGUGAGGCGUGGGAAGGCCAAACCCAUUUGGAUAAAUAAGCUAGUAAAAAAACCCUAAAGCCCCUGAUAUAUAUACUCUUAAUGAUAACUGGUUGUAACUGAUUAUUACUUUCAUACACAUUUGUCAGUUUUCUUUUACAUGAAAACAUUUGUGUAUUUUACUCUACACUAGGCCACUGAAUCCUAUUCCCCAACCCUGAGAUGCCUGCUCCUCAAGUUAUCUUGAAAGCAAGUCAGCUCUUUGUGUGAACACUGUUUGAGUCAGGAGGCAAUAGAAAAUGGGCUCUAGGGAAAAAGGAGGAAAAAAAAAACCUUUGUACCUUUUUUCCCUUGAAAUAUGCAACCGAGAGCUAAUAAAACUUAAUGCCCCUAUAAAACAUCUUAACUGGCCAUCCCAGGUUAAUAAACUCUGAAGUGUGAGGUACUAGAAGCUGCCUGAAUGCUCGCUGCAGUAAGAAACCCCUACAGUAUCCUCUUAAUAUGAGAAAGGAUUGUUCCUUUUUGUUCCCCAAAGACAGCAGGUGAUGCAACAUCAAACUUUGGUGGAGACACACAUCUUCAGCUCAGGGGUUCACUUCUCUGCUCUCACUGAGGCACCCCAUUCAUAUCCAUGUUUAGCAGUUUUACAGGGGGUCUGGGGAGAUAUUUGUUAUUCCUUAUUAAAGCUGUUCUAUAACAAAUCGAUCACUUGCACAUACUGCAGGGCAGGAUGUCCAAAACUCCCAAAAGCAUGUCUGCUUGGCCCUGGCUGGGGCCACCAACCUUGCCCCAGCAAACUCGGACUGGACAGAAAUGUUCAGAGCAGGGCAGGGACUGAAAUGAUGACCCCUGCUUUGGGAAUGUACACUCUCCAAGUGGCACUUCUUUUCAGUGCAUCAUCCAUCAUCAUAUAACUUUUCAUACUGGCUGUCUCAGAUCCCAUUUGGAAGCCAUGAUUCUGUGAUUCAGAUAAUUAAAAUCCCUUCUAAGAGCUGGCCUUUCUGUUUAUUCCCAUUCAGUUGUGUUGCUGUAAAUGUCUUCCUAGUGCAGAAACAUCAGGAGAUGAAUGCUUGCCAGGCUAAAUGUGUGUACCGAUUGCUUGGUCCAUUUCCUCUAUUUUUCCUGGAAUGUUCUCAAACUUUAAGUUCUAGGGGAAAAUAAAUAUACUUAGUUUAUGAAGUACAAAGGAAAACUUCACACUGUGGCAAGCCACCUCACGGCACAACAGCAACAGCGUGCACCACCCCAGGAAACGCAGGAAGCUGCAUUCCAAAGCUGUUGUUUACUGCAAAGCUGCAACAACCUGCAGGGGCAGCACUACCUCGGGAAUAAAAUAAAAUUUAAAAAGAGGAAAAAUCAAGCGGGCAAAUUCCUUUGCCAAAAAAAAAAAAAAGUUUGCAAACUAAAUCUGGCAGAUUUGUUUUAGCAACUUCAGCAAUCUCUUGGAUUGGAAGUAGAAUUAAUUACUCUAUUAAUUUAGUAUGGAAACGUAGGGGUCACAGGGCUCAUAUGUAAGAGGAAAUUCAUUCCUUCAGAAAUAAAAUGUGUGGAAAAAAUGUCUACUCAUAUUGGCUUUCACAUUAAAGAAGUAUUUAAUUUGGCAGGAUUUAAUAGUGUUAGUUUCCUUACCUCUGCAUCAUAUCCAGCUAUUCCUCAUUCUGAGACUAAAUUAAUAUAUGUCUUACAUGUAUCUUCAAAAGAUGUAAAAAAACUUGCAGCUGCCAAGGAAGGAUGCAAUUCCCAAAGAUGCAGGAAUGCUGUCUUUAGAAGCAGUCGUGCCCCAUUAUUUUUUUUCUAUUCAUACUAUGAACAUGUGUUAAAAGGAGUUGCUCUGUACUGUAAGGUUAACACGUGCCUUGUAUGAUAGGUACACAACUGCAUGGUGCAACUUUCAAAUGGGCUACGCUACCAGAGAUGAAAGCAGUUCUAGCUAAGAGAGAAUGCCACUUUUAUAUAUCCUCAGAAGGUCCAUUCGAUAAAAGUUUUGUUUCUCUUCCCAAUCCUUUGUUUCAGUCAGUUUUAGAUGGGACUUCUGGCUCUAACAGUUAUUUUAAGGAUUCAGGAACUAGACUCUGAACAGGCCAGAGGCAAGGCAAAGGUGUUAACUGUUCCUUUUAAGCAAACAAUUAUGCAAAUCAUUUUAAUAAGCAAGCUGCUAGUCUUAGCCUAAAAGACAAAGCUUGAAUCCAGACUGAGCAACAAUCAAAUGGAAAUCCUUGAUUUCUCUACAGGUGUUAGUAAUACUAAGUAGCAUAGGUAAUAGUAAUUUCAGAAAUCCAAAUUUCACAAAUGUAGAGCAGCUUUAAUGUUUUUCUCAUAUUGGACCAUAGAAAAAAUGGAGUUGCACCUCAGUAUUUCAGCCAUUUUAAAGCCAACAAAAGUUUCCAAAUACCCCGGCACACAUUCCAAGGGAAUUCUUUUGAAUUAAAAAAAAAAACAACAACAAAACAACCAAACAAAACAGACUCUAUUGUUCUCUUCCAUUAAAGAACCUCAUGUAAACACCACAUGUUUUUUAUAUCCUGACCAGUUUGGCUCAGGGCUAUCGAGUGACUCAGGAGCUGGACUAGCAGCUGGACAAUGUCUGCUGGCUGGUCCCCUGCUCAGGGCGCUGAAUUACAGAAAGAGAAGGUUUAAGUGAUGCUAAUCUCCAAUCAGACUGAGACAAAGCAGUUUAACAUUUGAUCACUUGAGCAUCUUCUCUACACAAAACUGUGCACCCUGCUGUCUUUAAUUCAAUGCAUACAAGAGAUCUACCGGUCCAAGAAUUGUUUCUGUCACCUUUUGUAGUCCCCCUUUGAUUUUUGUAAGUUAGAUUGUCUCAACGUCUUCAGUAAACUCUUGGGAAAAAGGACUGUAUAGGUGCACACCUUAUUCUUUUAGUCAAGUUACUAAUACAAUUAGUACAGGACAAUCUCUACUUAUACCAACUAAUGUAAUAUGAUAAUUACAAGGACAAUAAAAAUUAUAAAAACAUAGAGUCUCUAGCAAUUAGAGCCCUGGACUACUGAAUAACACCACAGAGAAUGAAGGAAAAGCAACUAAUCACCAAUUCUUUGCUGAAGCAGGUGCUAUAUUAAUAGCUACACAUGAACAAACAGUAUUUGCUCAUUAACCAUUUCAAAAUACAAAACUAGUUUGGCUCUUAAAUUGCUUAAUGCAAGCAUAUUCAUCACAUCUCAGUCUCAUAGAUAGAAGGCUCACAUAAUUUUCUUGGUGAAGGAAUAUUUCAUAUAAUCUCAAAAUAAUCAUUGCUUGAGUCUUCUUUUAAAUCAACAUCUCUAUUUGUAACUAGCUAUCUUUUCCUUAUGCCCAGACUAACACAUGGCCAAAGCAAGGGAAAACAAAAGGUCAGAAGAAUCAACUAAGUCUUGGUAUGAAAAGAGCUCUGUGUUGAAAGGCUCCUCUAUUAAUCCACCUUGCUUACUGGACAAGACUAAACUAAUAAUCACUAUCAUCAUUUGACUCCUGUGGCAAAACUUUUGACACUUCUCAGCAGGCAGAAUCAGACCUUUACCUUUCACCCUCAACAAAAAAGUGUAGGUAAUUAACAGAUUUUCCUGUUUACAAACUUUGCAACAUUUCAGAACAUCAAGCAGAUAUUCUAAGCAGUUGCUUUUCCUUUGAGCAAUGAGAACACAAUAGACUCCUUAUUAAACAUUCUGUUUUAAGUGAAACUGAGUCUAAGGACACAGACCAAAGUCUUGUAGGCAGAGCCUUAUUACAGUAACUAGAAACAUCAUCAACUUUCAGAUAUACAUGUCCUUAUUGAGAACUCAUGUACCUGAAAACUUCUCCACUUUUCUUAGGCAAUCUGUAAGUAGUGUAAUAAAUAGUCAUUAAGAGGUUAAUUCUACCUGUAAAUCUUGCCUGGCAUGUAGUUUAUGCAUGGUAGCUCAUAACUAAUCACCAUUAACUGUAUGACAAUAAGAAUUUCUUGGGAAAAUAAGAAAUUGCAAGGGAUUGCAUGUUCAAAAUCAUAAUUUAUUGAUGUAUUUUUUAAUCAUGUAGCUCCUUGCAAAGAUACAGUUCAUAAAUUAUAGAACAAGUAUAGUUCUUUCCACAGCUUUCAUAUUUUAGUCCUCAAGUCCAGGUCAGUAUUUUGAUACAAGACGGUCAAAGGUAAAUUAUGCAAAAUGGCUUAAAAAAAACCUACAGUAAAAAGCUUCAGUUCUUCCAGGAUCCAAGACACACAUAAUAAGCAGCAUUACAAUGUCUGCACUACACCCCCAAGCGAUAUAUGCAGGAGAAGCAGCGUACAGUACCUGUACCAGACCUCAAGGAACACUUCAUGAUUAGCAGUACACAGCACCUGAACACCUACAGCAGCCUCAAAAUUUAUUUAGUAAAACAAAUGCUCAAAGGGUUUACAGCAUGUGUGGCAAGGUUAGAUGAUGGGUAGUAACACAUUACAAUCAUGUCCAAGUGAGCCCUGCUUAGCUGUGUAUUCACACCAGGCCAGUACACAAGCAGGACACACCACCAUUUCACCCCUGCACUGUGACACUCCCCAGGCAGGGCCACGUACCUGCAAACUCAUCCUACAGUACAAGGGAACAACUCAUUGCAUGUAUCCCUCUCCCCUCUGCACACAUCCCCUGGAGAAGGCAGGCUCCACUGAAAUUCUACCAAGAUCAAAUUACACUGAUGACCAACUGACUGCAUUGGUGGGGAUGUACCUCUGCAGUUAAAUUUUAUAUUUUGUGCUUGCUCGCCAUUGACGGGUUUUCCUUAAGGUUGACGUCAACAAAAUGCCAGAUCUUAAAGGCAAACAAAAUAAGUUUAAUUUAAAGAAAACAUUUAUUUGAAGUUCUUUUAAGUCAGAGUUUAACAGAUGACAACUUUCUCCCUUUUCACAUUUCAAGUCUUCAGCAGAGACCAUACACACUGUCCCAUGGACAGUGAGAUUUUCCUAUUGAUUCCUUUUGAACGAAUCGGAGUCUAGGCAGAUGAACAUUCACAUUUUAAGCAAACUGAUU